CAGUGGCGCCAUUGGCGCACAGCUCACCGGUUGUUUGGGGUAGUAAGGCAGUGGUGAACUGCUGAAGACCACCCUUGCGACUUGGGGACUUGGGGACUUCACUUCGCCACCUGCCCCCGCAUGGAGUAAUGGAGUCAGAAGCCGUGGGUCCCUGUCGCAUCUGCUGGGAUUCGGAGAAUGUGGAGGACUUCUUCCAGCCCUGCCUUUGUCGCGGCACGCAGCAGUGGGUGCAUCGUUCCUGUUUCGCUCACUGGACGCGAGUGGCGCCCACUGCCGCGCUCUUGUGUCCCACCUGCGGAUACCGGUAUCGCCGUGGCAUCAUUAGUUCGUGGCAGGUCCUAUUUGUCACGGCCAAGGAAGCCUCGCGUUGGCUCGCCCUCCUUGUCUAUUUCUGCGUCACCCGGACGUGCGCGAGGCGGCCGACUGAGAUGCCAUCACGGUGUGGACGAAAAGACAUUAAAAUUAUGGCAUCAACUCGGAGAUACCUACAGAGAGGACGAUCUACAAGCAUCUCCUCACAGAUGCGCGAGAUGGGCGGCCCUUUUCCUUCAAUCUCUUUUGGCCAGCAGGCCUUGAGCGUGACCUUGAAACGCCUGGUGCGCGCGCGGCGGAUUCGUUUGCCGCUGCUGUUUCCGCCGCCGGUGCAGAUCCCGGAGGCCACGCAGGAGUUCGCCAUGCAGCUUUUUUGCGCAUCCACCUUGAGACUGGGUGAGGUGCUCCUGAUCCUCCGACGCCGCACGGGUACUGCAGCUGCUGUGCGAGGUCUCUUUGAUUGGAUGGUGAACGUCUAUGCCAUCCUGUAUUUGCUCCAAGAGCUGCUUCUGAGCGCACAACGCUGUGCCAGAGACAGUACUCAAGUCUUGGCCUUCAAGACCUGCUGAGACCGGUGAAGCACCGGCCUCCGGCUCGAAAGGGUGACUGGGUGAAUUCCUUUUUCGAGCGUAGCCCCCAGGUGUCGAUGAGCUGGCUCAGCUCUUGCUGUAUUCUUGUGAGGGCAUAUGAUUGCAUCAAGGUCAUGAUAGACUAGCCUGGGGGCAUCCCCCUAACAUCCGCUCGCCUCUAUUGAUGGAGCGGAGGCCAGGCCAGGGCCGGUUGCUGUAGUUGCCGGUAGUUCGAUGACCAAAAUGGACAUCAUCUCUUUCGCUGGGCGUGGAUUCAGUCCUAAUCCUUUGACAUUUGUUGCAGAGUCGC